GAAAACCAUCAUAUAGUAUAUAAACAUCUUGAAGCGAUGAGAGUUUAAACCUGACCUAUUUAAAAGAAAAGCUACAACUAUGAAAUAAAAAGACUGUAUAGGGAUUUCAAUGUUAACAGUGUUCUAAAGUGAUUUCAAUUAUCUAGAUAAUUAUUUUCCAAAAGUUAAACAUGUCACAAGAAGUAGAAGAAGAGGAACGCUUGCAGAAGUUCGGUUUAAGAAUUUAUAAAGGAGUAGUUACGUUUAAAGAUGCCAAUCAUCAGGUAGAUGAAAUUGAAGAAAUGGAAACAAGAGACGAUGAUAUAUGGGUCUGUACCUUCCCGAGAUCAGGAACUACCUUAACACAAGAGAUGGUUUACCUCGUACAAACUUUAGAUUUUGAAACGGCAAACACAGUACACCUAGAUUCCAGAUUUCCACAAGCUGAACUUCACGACGAGAGGUUUCCGUACUUUAAAGGACUAAGAGAUAUUGAACAGAGAAAAUCUCCUCGCAUGAUUAAAUCACACCUUCACUAUUCACUUUUACCGAAACAACUUAAAGAAGGAAAAGGCAGGAUUAUAUACGUAUGCAGAAAUCCAAAGGACGUAAUUAUAUCAUAUUUUCGAUGGAUUGAGUGGGUGGGCUUUGCUGGAGAACGAGAUAACACAUUAGAUAAAUGUUUGAACAACAUCGUCAAUGGAACAGAAUACGCCUGUCCCUGGCCAAGGCACCUGCUGGAAUACUGGGAAAGAAGAAAUGAUAAGAAUGUAUUGUUUUUGAGAUUCGAAGAUAUUGUAGCGGUAAUCCGAUUCGCCUUUUUCAUUAUUUAAUCUAUAAUAUUA